GAAGAAGUCGUAGAAGAAGAAGACGAAGAAGAGGAGCCGUAUUUGUGCGACUCUCCGACCCUCCGCCUCACUGCCCUGUCGGUCAAACGUAGGAUAAUGGAUGUAAUUAGCUAACGUUAGAUAAUUUUGUCGGGUCACUUACUACAGGCACAAAAAGCAGAGUGUCUGCGGAUAUGUAGUAGCUCAGCAUUCCAUUAGCAGUGACUUCAGGACCGUGCCAGAUUUUGAAUGGAGUCAGCACCCAGGUUCUCAUUUUCUUGUGUAGUCACAGCGAGGGACCUCAGGGCUCAUGAUUCAGGCCAUCGUGUAAUUCAGCAAGGGAAGAAUGGUCAAGUAUUUCUGUAACACGGCAGACAUCAGGAGUACGUGGGACCAUGUUGUCUCUGCUUUUUGGCAGAGGUACCCCAAUCCGUUCAGCACCCACGUUCUCACAGAGGACGUUGUGUACCGGGAGGUGACUGCAGACAACCGGCUCCUCUCCAGACGCCUCCUGAUGAAGACCAAUCGUUUGCCUCGUUGGGCAGAGGUUCUCUUCCCCACCGGCAUGUCUCGCUCCGUAUACAUCAUUGAGGACUCCAUCGUGGACCCUGUGAACAGGAGCCUGACCACCUACACUUGGAACCUCAACCACACAACUCUGAUGUCAGUGGAGGAGCGCUGUAUUUUCCGGGACUCGGUGGAGCAACCAGCCACCACCCAGCUAAAACGGGAAGCGUGGAUAUCCUCAGGAGUUUAUGGCUUCUCCAGACCGAUUCAGGAGUUUGGAUUGGCCCGCUUCAAGAGCAACCAGGUGAAGGCCAUGAAAGGGCUGGAAUACGCGCUGUCCAACUUACAGGGAGAGACGCCCCAGCGGCUGCCCAGGGACUCGGUGAAGGACGCGUCAGAGAAGGCCAAGGAGGCGGCCAAGAGCCUGGCUUCAGCCGCUGCUGUCCCUCAGAAGCCCCAGCAGUACGUCUGACAGGGACGGCGUGACAUGAACUCAACACAAUGCCUUUUUUUAGAUCACCUUGACUGGACUGAAGAUUUCUGGGAUCUCGCCGAUUUUUUUUUCCUUCACUUGGACUUUUUCUCUCACUGUUCUCAGAUUCCUGUCUUCCCUUUGCUUUCACUACAUCUCAGGUCUCUGAGUCUUUCUAUGAGACAUGUUGCCUUUGUGGAAACUUUCAGACUGUGACCAGCAGCACCCAUGAAUGCUGUAACCAACGCACAUUUUUGUGUCGUUACCAUAUAUUUAAUGCAUCUAUUUUAAGUAAGCUUAUAUUCAUGCAUAUAGAACUUUAAGUGACAUUAAUCAGCAAUUCAGUGUAUAUGAUAUUUAUGCUCUAGGUUUUGGUCCGGCCUAAACACGUUCACAGUAGACCAAAUCAUUAUACUGUGACAGUAUAGGUUCAUUUUCACUCAAAUACAGAAGGACUAACACUUUUAUAAUAACUAUCAUUGAUAAAUGAUACAUUUGUAGUUGAUAAUUAAAUCUUUGGUGAUAUUGUUUUGGCUGUUAACAAUGAAAUGAGACCAUUUAUUAAGCAGUUGUUCAUCAUUAAGUUGAAGAUUAUGUUUAUGAACCUUUACAGUUGAUUAAUAAAUGGUUCAUUAAACAUUUCACAGUUCAACAGUUUAUAGUACAGUCAUUAUAGUUUUAUUAACUUCACUGUUUAUUAAUGAUGGUUAUUGUACAGUGUUACCUUUGGUUUUAUGCGCACACAAAUGAUAUUUAAACAGUGAACGAGCUGUUGAUAAUCAUAACAUACCAAAGUGACUUAUAUCAGAACAGUCAGCUUGAGUGACAUUUUCUCAUUUCUGUGCACGGAUUAUCUCAGUGCUGCAGUCAGCCUGCAAUGGUAUGACUGUUCCACUGACUGAGGGGCGUGUAGUGAAAAUCAUUUAGGUAAUUUCAGUCUGCUGACGUGGAGAUGAUAUUGUAAACAUUUCAGUGAUUGCAUUCCCUCUUAGGUGGAAUUGUCUGGAUUUUUCACAAGGAAGACUUGAAUAAUAGUUAAAAUAUGUACUUUGAAGAAUUAUUUAGCAUUAAGUAUUUUUAAUAUGAGGUAUUGGGUAGAUUAAUUUAAACCAGUCGGUAGUUGGUUGUUGAAGGACUAUGUACAAACUCGAAUCCACUGGAGUUUCUGUUGAAGGGUUGAACAUGUUUUUCUGUCAAGUUUUUUGUCUUGUGAUUUCUUCUCAGUGUCAAAUUGAGCUUUAAUAAAACGUGUUAAGUUAUUGAUAAAAUGUUGCUUUGUUGGUUUCACUAGUUUAUAUUUCAGUGACGCUGCAAAAACCUUUUCAUAAAUGAUAUAUUUAUAGAUAGAUAAACUUUCAUUGAUAGUUUGUUUACUGUCAGUAUUCAAUGAAAUGUCUAAUAAACCAUUUAUCAAGCAA